CAGUGACCAGAGGAAUGAGGGGGACUGGAGAAGGGAGUGGCCAGGCCAGGUCUAUCUGAGUCACAAAGUGUCCAACAGUGCUGGGGUGGGGAUCCUGUUCUCCAGGUUCUUUAACCCUCACACUGUGCAGGUGCACCAGGUGAUGGAUGGACACAUUUUAAUGGUUAAGGCUCAGUAUGAGGAUUUUAAAUUUGUUUUUGUGUGUGUUUAUGCUCCAGUGCUGGGCAGAGACAGAAUGCUGUUUUUAAAUACUCUGUGUGAUGUGGUGGGGGGUGUGGAGGAGGGUUUUUUAUUCCUGGGGGGUGAUUUUAACUGCACUGCUGAUGCAGUGAUGGACAGGAAUCACCUGGAGCCUCAUCCUGCCUCAUCCACUCGGCUAAAAAGGCUGAUAGAAACUCAUGACCUGAAGGACGUGUGGAGAGGGUUGAAUGGCUCCACCAGGCAGUACACCUGGUCCCACUGCAAAGACAACAGCUUGUCUCUUGCCAGACUGGACAGAUUUUAUUGUUUUAAACACCAUUUCAGUAUUUUUAGGAAAUGUCUUAUUGUCCCUGUGGGUGUGUCUGACCACUUUUUAGUCCAGUGUGACUUUUUUAUUCAGAAUGUGAAGACAUCCAGCGCCUACUGGCAUUUUAACACGGCUCUUUUAGAAGACUGUGCUUUUAAAGAUGCUUUUAGGUUUUUAUGGGCUUCACACAGGGACAGGAGGGCAGAGUUUUUAUCAGUGCAGAGAUGGUGGGACUAUGGGAAGGUUUUAAUUCAGCAGUUCUGUCAGCAGUAUACUCGCAACGUCACCAAGUACAUCACCAGAUCCCUCCAGGUCCUGGAGACUGAGGUACAGAACCUGUUGGACUGUACAGGAGAAGGGAGGCAUGUUGAGGCCCUCCAAAAGAAGAAGGCUGCCAUAGCCAACCUGCUGGGCACUACAGCACAGGGGGCGCUGGUGCGCUCCCGCUACAUGAACGCCUCCAUGAUGGACGCCCCAUCAAAGUUUUUCUUCAGCCUGGAGUCAAAGAACGGACAGAGGAAGGUGAUCCACAGCCUGCGCGCCACUGACGGAUCAACCAUCACUGGGGCCUCAGAGAUCCGCAGGCAUGCCACAUGUUUUUAUAGAGACCUUUUUAAAAGUGAACUGGUGGAGGAUCCACAGCUGGAGGCAGAAUUUCUGUCUGACCUCCCUCAGGUGGGACAGUCGGGGAACUCUCUCCUGACAGCGGACCUGACUCUGGAGGAACUGCAUGUGGCCCUCAUGAGCUUGGCCAACGGAAAGGCCCCAGGCAUCGACGGGAUCCCAGUGGAUUUCUAUAAGACUUUCUGGCCCGUGGUGGGCGAGGACUUAUUGGAAGUAUUUCAGGAGAGUUUGAGAACAGGACUGCUACCGCAGAGCUGCAGGAGGGCUGUCAUAACCCUGCUCCCUAAGAAGGGGGACCUCCAAGAACUGAAGAACUGGAGACCGGUCUCACUGCUCUGCGGGGACUAUAAGGUCCUCUCCAAAGCCCUGGCUCUACGGCUGCGAGAGGUGAUGGCGGAGGUGAUUCAUGUAGACCAGACUUACUGUGUGCCCGGCAGACUGAUCAGUGAUAACAUCACUCUGAUUCGGCAUGUUUUGGACGUCUCUAGCUCUUUAGGCGUUGACACUGGUCUGAUUUCCAUAGACCAGGAAAAGGCUUUUGAUCGGGUUGAACACCAGUACCUGUGGAAGACGCUCGCCGCCUUCGGGUUCAGCCCAGAUUUUAUAGCCAGGGUUCGGGUUAUGUACCGUGACGUUGCGAGCAUACUCAAGAUUAAUGGUGGUCUGGCUGCUCCCUUCUGCGUUCAAAGAGGGGUUCGACAGGGUUGCUCCUUAUCAGGAAUGCUCUAUUCUCUAGCGAUAGAACCACUAUUAGAAAGAAUGAGGAGGACUCUGACAGGAGUUCUGUUCCCAGGAUGUCCUUCAGCGAUAAAACUGACUGCAUACGCUGACGACAUCAUGGUGGUUUUAAAUACACAGAAGGACAUUCAGGUUUUAGAGGACAAAGUAAAUCUUUUUAACAAACUGUCUUCAGCCAGGGUCAACUGGGCCAAGAGUGUGGCCUUCACCACAAACAGGGACUCCUUGGGGGGGCUGGUUCUUCCUGGGGGGCUCCAGUGGACAGUGGGGGGGCUUAAAUAUCUUGGGGUGUUUUUAGGGGAUGAACAGUUUUUAAAGAGAAACUGGGAGGGGGUCCUGGAGGCGGUUGAGGGCCGACUGAAGAGGUGGAGGUGGUUGCGGCCGUCCAUGUCGUACAGGGGGAGGACCCUGAUCAUUAACAACCUGGUGUCGUCCUUCCUGUGGCACAGGUUGGCUGUUGUAGACCCUCCCCCUAACCUGCUCUCCACGGUCCAGACUGUUUUAAUUGACUUUUUCUGGGACAAGCUCCACUGGCUCCCACAGGCGGUGCUGUUCCUCCCUGUGGAAGAGGGAGGUCAGGGGCUGGUGCACCUGGCCAGCAGGGGGGCAGCGUUUAGACUACAGUUUAUCCAGCGGCUGCUGUACGGGCCCCAGGACCUGGUGUGGAGGCCCCUGGCUCGGCUGAUUUUGCGGAGCGUGGGCGGCCUCGGCCUACAGGAGUCUGUGUUUUUAUUGGAUUUUAAGACUGUGAGUUUUUUAUCCCUGCCAGUGUUUUACCGAGGUGUGUUCAGCGUGUGGAAGCUGCUGUGGAGCCAGAGGGUACAGCACCAAACCUGCUGCUGGCUGCUGAAGGAGCCGCUGGGCCGUGGAGGCCUGCUGAGCAAUCCCCCCUGGGCAGGAGCAGCGGUGGCCGAGGACCUGAGGACAGCGGGGAUCACCACGCUGGGGACCCUGCUGGACAUCACCGGACCCGACCUGCAGGAGACGGAGGAGCUGGCGAGGCGCUUGGGCUGGAGAUCGAGGAGGAACAUGAGCCGACUGCUGAGCCACUGGAGGACCUGCCUGACGGGACGAGACCGGCAACUGCUGGGAGAACAGCGACAGGAACAGACUGCCCCCUGUCCCAACCUACCGUUCCCCCCCCUCAUCAUCCGUCCGGGACCAGACCUGCAGCAGGAGGUGAGCCUGGAGAAGGCCGAGGGAAAGGUUCUCUCGGCUCUAAUGGUGAGGACGAUAAACCGAGAGAGACUGCAGCAACACAUCCGGUCCCCCUGGAGGGCUCGGCUGGUCCUGGGGGACAAGGUCCAGGCUGAGUGGAGGAGCCUGUACAAGCCUCCACUCUCCAAGAGGGUGGCUGACCUCCAGUGGAGACUAAUUUAUGGGAUUUUAGCUGUAAACUCUUUUAUUUCCAUCAUGAACUCAUCAGUCCAGAACAACUGUCCGUUCUGUGGAGCAGUGGAGACCAUCAUCCACUGCUUCACUGAGUGUCCUCGCCUCGCUCCUCUGUUCGAACUGAUGGACUGUGUGUUCAGGAGAGCAGACGAGGUGUUUUCUUUUAAGACAUUCAUUCUUGGUUUUAAAUACAAAAGAGCUCAAAAAGAAAAAUGCCAAAUGUUGAACUUUGUGCUGGGACAAUCAAAAUUGGCGAUCUACAUGAGCAGGAAGUUGAAAGUGGAGGACGGUGUGGACUGUGACCCGGUGCUGCUGCUGAGCAGAACCAUCAAAGCGAGGAUUCUGAUUGACUUCAAGUACUAUAGAGAAAUGCAGAACAUGCUGCGGUUUUAUCAAACAUGGACCCAUGGUGGAGUACUGUGCUCAGUUAAAGAUGGUGGACUGGAGUUUUCAGAUCAGCUGGUCUGAUCUGGUUUUAUUUAUUGUUUUUAUUUAAAAUAUGUAUAUAUAUAUAUAUAUAUAUAUAUAUACAUAUAUAUAUAUAUAUAUGAUGCUGAUUGUUGUUGUUGAAAAAAUGACUUGAAUAAAGUUGUUUUGAAAAAUCAAAAAAAUCUCUCUCUCUCUCUCUGUCUCUGUCUCUCUGUCUCUCUCUGUCUCUCUCUCUCUGUCUCUCUCUCUCUGUCUCUCUCUCUCUCUCUCUCUGUCUCUCUCUCUCUCUGUCUCUCUCUCUCUCUCUCUCUCUCUGUCUCUCUGUCUCUCUGUCUCUCUCUGUCUCUCUGUCUCUCUCUCUCUCUCUCUUCUCUCUGUCUCUCUCUCUCUCUCUCUCUCUCUCUCUCUCUCUCUCUCUCUCUCUGUCUCUCUCUCUGUCUCUCUCUCUCUCUCUCUCUCUCUGUCUCUCUCUCUCUCUCUGUCUCUCUGUCUCUCUCUCUCUCUCUCUCUCUCUCUGUCUCUCUCUCUCUCUCUGUCUCUCUCUGUCUCUCUCUCUGUCUCUCUCUCUGUCUCUCUCUCUCUCUCUCUCUCUCUCUCUCUCUGUCUCUCUCUCUCUCUCUCUCUCUCCCUCUCUCUCUCUCUCUCUCUCUCUCUCUCUCUCUCUCUCUCUCUCUCUGUCUCUCUCUCUCUCUCUCUCUCUCUCUCUCUCUCUCUCUCUCUCUCUCUCUCUCUCUCUCUCUCUCUCUCUCUCUCUCUCUCUCUGUCUCUCUCUCUCUCUCUCUCUCUCUCUCUCUCUCUCUCUCUCUCUCUCUCAGAUCUACAACCACAACCUGCUGAUGGAUUCCUUCCUGGGUCAGGUGACCAUCCCCGCUGAGCAAGGUAGUUUCCAGCAAACGCUCCAUCUGAGGGGAAGAGGCGACAGCAGAGACAGCGACCUCUCUGGAACCAUCACUGUCGUCAUAGUAACCAGCACAGUGCUCACCAACAUCUGAGGUGGUGGAGACUUUGGGUCAGAUCAUGAAGUUUACAACCAAAGAUCUUUGAGUCUUCAGUCGGGUUGAUAAACGAGGGUUCAGACCAAAGUCCACGUCACAGAAGAGAAGACGCCGUGAGCAGGAGGUCAGACACGGUCAUGUCUGCUGUCUGGUGUGUCUGAAUGAAACAUAACCGUUGAUGAAUAUUGUUUACAGCUCUUUCUUCAGAGUGAAUCUCUAUUUAAGUCUUUAAUUCUGUUUUUAAUACGUAUUAUUAUCUUCUUUUUAUUCUGUUUCUUUUCUUUGUUAUCAGAGUAAACUCAAGUUGCCCAAACAUCUUUGAGUCUCUCGGUGAUAUCAUGUUGUAUUUAUACUUCUGCUCUCGGUGAUUCUCAUGUCUCCUCUGAAGGUGAUCCACAGGUAACAGCCUUCAGGUGUAUUCCUCUGACUUUUUUACAGCCUGUUAUAAGAAAUCAAUAAACUGUCAUUGUGCCUUUAC